AUGACAACCAUCGGCAAGACAACCGUCCCCACGCCAACUGUCCCCACGCUAACCAUCGCCGAGACAACCAUCGCUGAGACAACCAUCCCUAAGCAAACUGCCCCCACGCCAACUGUCGCUGGGACAACUGUUACCGAGACAACUGUCACCGAGACCACUGUCACCGAGACAACCUCCUCACGCCAACCGUCCCCGGGCAAACUGUCCCCAAUGCCCACAGUUGCCAAGACAUCCGUCCCCACUACAACAGUUGCUGAGACAACCGUCCCAACGCCAACUGUCCCCAAUACAACCGUCGCCGAGACAACCGUCCCCAUGCCAAUCGUCCCCAUGACAACCAUCGCCAAGACUACCGUCCACAUGCCAACUGUAGCUGAGACAACAAUCCCCUCGCCAACCGUGCCAACGCCAACCGUCGCCGAGACAACCGUCACCGAGACAACCAUUACCGAGAAAACCAUCGCCAUGACAAACGCAGCCACGCCUACCGUCUUCGCACCAACCAUUGCCAGGAUAACUCUCCCCAAGACAACCUUCCCCACGUCAACCAUCGUCGAGAUAGCCGUCGUUGAGACAACAGUCAUCAAGACAACCAGCCCUUCACCAACCGUCCCCACACCAACCGUCCCCAAGGUAACUGUCCCCAUGCCAACCGUCGCUGAGAGAACGGUCGCCGAGUCAACUGUCGCUGAGACAACCGUCCCCACGCCAACCGUCGCCGAGACAACGGUCGCCAACACAACCGUCCCCACGCAAACCCUCCCCAUGACAAGUGUCAGCAAGAAAACUGACCCCACGCCAACCGUUGCCGAGACAAGUGUCCCCACGCCAACCGUCACAGAGACAACCGUCCCCACGUGA